UAAGAACUGGCCUGGGUUAGACGAUGGUUUUGGUGCCAUGUUUGAGAGGUGGGAUGGGGGAGAAGGAUGUGAGGACAUCUGACCAGAGUCUGGUCACCUGCCGACCUGCACGCUUGGGCUCCUCUCCAGGCUUGUCUCUGCCAAGGCCUAUUCCUCUGCGUUGCCUGAGGCACAAGGGCUCUCGUCCCCAGGACAAAAGGUGGUGUAAGAACUAGGUGGGAGGAGUUUGAAUUCUACCACCUGUAGGGCCCGGUGUGGCCCCUGCCCCCUGCCCCCUGUGGCCUCAGAUGUGGGAGGGCGCUCUAGCAUUUAGCUGGAGAAUAAGCAGCUGGUGUUCUUGAGGAGGCAGUUGCUGUAUCCACACAGGUUCCACAAUGCCCGGGGUAGCUUGGCUGUUUUACUCCAUGCUGGUGCUGCUCCUGCUGGCCCUGCUGGGGGCUGCUCUGUUCUUCUGGCAGCAUACUCCAGCAAGGAACAAGAUCCCCAGGGCACAGAGGCGUAGAGUGGUAGCUUUGCAGCAGAUGGAGGCACUGGCAAAGCGUCUCCGGCAGCAGGAGCCAUCCCUGGACCCCAAGCCCAUCCUGGAGCUGCCCCUGGAGACACUGGUCCAGAAGCUGCAGGAUGAAGAACUCAGUGUAGAGAGCGUCCUGUGUAGCUACUUAGAGGAGGCACUGAAGGUACACCAGGAGGUGAAUUGCCUGACGGAUUUCCUGGGUGAGUGUGAGGAGCAACUAAAGGCAUUGAAGAAGCUUAGGAAGACUGAGAGAGGCCUUCUUUAUGGGGUCCCUGUCAGCCUCAAGGACCCCUAUGACUGCAAGGGCCAUGAUUCUACAUGUGGUCUGACCCAGUUCCUGGAGAAGCCAGCGGCCAAGGAUGGGGUCAUUGUGCAAGUGCUCAAGGCUCAAGGAGCUAUUCCCUUUGUUAAGACCAAUAUCCCUCAGACACUGUACAGUUUUGAUUGCAGCAACCCCAUCUAUGGACAGACUCUGAACCCUCUGAACUUAAAGAAGACACCAGGGGGCUCCUCAGGGGGUGAGGGAGCCCUGCUGGCAAAAGGAGGUUCCAUCCUGGGCAUGGGUACUGACACUGCUGGCAGCAUCCGCGUACCAGCCAGCUUUUGUGGUAUCUGUGGCUUCAGGACCACAGGAUACCGCCUCAGCCUCUCUGGAGUUUCCAGUGCUGUCAAAGGCAAGAAAUCAGUGACUACAGUGGCUGGCCCCAUGGCCCGGGAUGUGGAGAGCCUGGCCCUGUGUCUGCGAGCCCUGCUAAGUGAAGACAUGCACCGACUGGACCCUACUGUGCCUUUUAUGCCCUUCAGGGAGGAGGUAUACUCCAGUAACCAGCGCCUUCGAAUUGGCUUCUGUGAAACAGAUGGCUUCACCCAGCCAUCUCCUAGCAUGGCCAGGGCUGUGAGGCUCACCUCCAGGCUGCUCCAGGAUGCGGGACAUCAGGUCAUCCCCUUCUCCAUCCCCUAUAUAAAGUAUGCUGUCAAACACCUGUUCGAGGGGGGUCUGUUUGCUGAUGGAGGGGCCACCCUUCUGGAGAAGCUUGAGGGGGACAUUGUGGACCCCUGCAUAAAGGGAAUGGUCAACUGGCUCCGCCUGCCAGACCUACUCAAGUGUUUCUUGGCCUGGAUCCUGAAGUACACAGAACCCCGAGCUAGCAAGACUUGUGAAAAGUUUCGUGGAGUGGGGACUCCCAAGAAACUGUGGGAGCAGCACGCAGCAGUGCAGGAAUAUCAGCAAAAAUUCAUAGCCAAGUGGAGGUCCCUGGAUCUGGACGUGCUGCUGAUGCCAGCUAUGGACCCCGCUUUCCAUAUAUGCUAUUCUGCGAUAGGAACAGGCGAUACAAGGAUCUGUGGGACUUCCUGUGGCUGUGCAGUGCAUUGCUCUUCCAUGGGAAGAGGAGCUGUGUCUCCGGUUCAUGAAAGAGGUGGAGACCUUGGCCAAGAACCACAGUGGACCCAAGUGACUGGCCACUCCUUCUCCCGGAGGCCUUCUUCAUCCUCAUCCAAGUCUGCUCCUGAUGCCCCUUUUCAUGAAUACCAUAUCUGCCUCAUGUCUCCUCCUCCCUGAGGCCCACCACAUUCCUUUUCUUUGUCAUUCCUCUGUGUGGGUACUCAAUACAUGGACUCCUCACAUUGGCCCAAGAUGGGGCACAGGGUGAAAGGGCCCAAUAAACAUUUCUGACUGCUUGAC